AGUACAACUUUCUCUCCUCUAAGACUCUUCCUAUUUAUUUGAUUCCCUAUCAAGGUGCCAUUUUAUUUUUUUCAACUUGCUUCUCUAAGAGCUUCUCUCUCUCUCUCAACACUUUCUUCUCACCCCACCAAACUUUCCUCUCUAGUUUCCACGUAGGUUUUGUUUGGACAGAAAAAACUUUACAGCUUUAAAAAAGAGUUUCUUCCAAAGCAAAUUUUGUGAGUGUGUUGAAGAUAAGAUUUUACUUAAACGUACACAUGGGAAGACACUCUUGCUGCUACAAGCAGAAGUUAAGGAAAGGACUUUGGUCUCCAGAAGAAGAUGAGAAGCUUUUGAAUUACAUUACCAAACAUGGUCAUGGAUGUUGGAGUUCAGUCCCAAAACUAGCUGGUUUGCAGAGGUGUGGGAAGAGUUGCAGGUUAAGAUGGAUAAACUACUUGAGACCUGAUUUGAAGAGAGGAGCAUUCUCACAACAAGAAGAGAAUUUGAUCAUUGAGCUUCAUGCAGUACUUGGAAACAGAUGGUCUCAGAUUGCAGCACAAUUACCAGGAAGAACUGAUAACGAGAUUAAGAAUCUAUGGAACUCAUGUCUCAAGAAAAGGUUGAGACAAAGUGGCAUUGAUCCAAACACUCAUAAACCACUUUCUGAGAUUGAAAAUGACAAUGAAAAAACACUCACAGCAAACAAAAGCAAUCAAAAAGCUUCGGUUUCGUCGAAUGAAGUUAUGAGUUUGGUAAUGGAACCUACAAAAGCUUCUAUAGAUGGUUACCCUCUAGAAGUUUCUACUUCCUCCAAGAUCAACAACAAUGGUAGCAGCAGCCAUGAAUUAUUCCUAGACAGGUUCAACACCACAGGUUAUUUUUCUUUCCAGAACAUGAACUAUGGAUCAAACAUCGGAAUUUCCGAGAAUCCAAAUGCAUCUAUUUGUUUCACACCAACCUCAUCUUCUUCGCAAAUGAUGUCAGAUACAAAUUCUGUUAUAAACUCCAAUAUCCUCCAUUCUGUUACAACCUCAAUUUUCCAAACACCAACACAAGUGAAACCAACAGUUUCCGUUUCCUCCGACGGAGUUCAUAACUGGGAAGCAAGUAACUAUAACAGCAUUAACAACGCAAGCAAAACCACCGGAAACGGCGCGAACUUUCUCGACAACGGAACUCUACCGCUACAAGAAGAAAUGAAAUGGUCUGAAUAUCUCAACACACCAUUUCUUAUGCAGAAUCAACCUUCUCAAUCUAUCUACCCCGAGGCUAAACAAGAAACAGGUUUCAUAACGGAUGAAUCAUGUACUAGUUGGAACCAAUGCCAACAGCAGCAACAACAACAACAACCAGGUUUUCAACUUUCUGAUAUAUAUAACAAGGAUCUGCAGAGAUUUUCAGUGGCUUUCGGACAAACUCUGUAGCCUGAAAGAGACAAAGAUCGUGAUUUGAAUAUAUAAUUUUCUAUAUGAAUGAACUAUAUAGGUCAGAAGUUUCUUAUCUUUCUGACCACAGGUGUGUGCUGUAAAUUUCCCUUUUGAUAAAACUUCCAUAUUGUAUAUGUGUCUCAUACCACAAAAAAAAAUUCAGCAUUAUUAUGUAACAGUAUAAUAAUUGAGAUUGAUCAAUUCCACCUUAUUCCAAAUCAUUUUUUA